AUGAAGAUGACGAAACCAGUUCCAAAGCUUUGGGUUCUCAUCUCAAUUACGAUUAGUUUCUGUCUCUUCAUUCUGUUUCAAAUCCAUAUAUCAGAUUUAAUCGCCAAAAAUCCCCAAAUCACUCAACAAGUCAACAACUUCUUCAUCUCCAUCGCUUCUUCUUCUUCUUCACAUCAUCAAACCCUAAAUCUCACCGGAAAUGCUAACGAGAGCGAUGAAAACAGAGCGAAACCUCCAGAGAAAGAAGAUACUUGCGCCGGAAGGUACAUCUAUAUGCACAAACUUCCAAACAAAUUCAACGACGACAUCAUCAAAAACUGUCGACCACUCAUCAAAUGGUUCGACAUGUGUCCAUUCAUGGUCAACUCCGGUCUCGGUCCACAGGUUUCAGUCUCCGACAACACCACUGCUCACGUCUUAACCACGAGAACCGGUUCUUGGUACUCAACAAACCAGUUCUUGCUCGCGGUUAUCUUCCGAGAGAGGAUGAAACACUACGAGUGUUUAACCAAAGAUCCCUCCCUAGCCUCAGCGAUCUACGUCCCGUUCUACGCCGGAUUCGACGUCAGCCGUCACCUCUGGGGAUACAACACAACGGUGAGAGACGAACUGGCGAUAAAGCUCGCUAAAUGGCUAAGCAAGAGACCCGAAUGGAUGAAGAUGAACGGUCGAGAUCACUUCUUUGCAACAGGACGCAUCGCUUGGGAUUUCAGGAGAGUUUCUGAUCAAGAUUCCGACUGGGGAAACAAACUCAUGCUUCUGCCUGAGUUCUCAAACAUGACGAUGUUAGCCAUCGAAACGACCGCUUGGACCAACGAGUUCGCGGUUCCUUAUCCGACUUACUUCCAUCCCAAGAGCUUAACCGAGAUUUCGAUGUGGCAGAAGAAAGUGAAGAGCGUGAAGAGAAGAUAUCUGUUUUCGUUCGUUGGAGCUCCAAGGCCGAAAAUGGAUGGAUCUAUAAGAGGAGAGAUUAUAAAGCAGUGCCUUGCGUCUCACGGUAGAUGCAAGUUUCUCAACUGUAAUGAUUCAGGAGGUAAGGACUGUGAUAAUCCGGUUAAGAUCAUGAAGGUGUUUCAGAAUUCAGUGUUUUGUUUACAGCCUUCAGGAGAUUCUUACACUCGGAGAUCGAUAUUCGAUUCGAUUUUGGCCGGUUGUAUACCGGUUUUCUUCAGUCCCGGUUCGGGUUAUAACCAGUAUAAGUGGUAUUUCCCUAAGGAUUAUAAAAAGUUCUCGGUUUACGUACCGGAGAACGGAAUGAAAAAUGGAACGGUUAGUCUUAGGAAUGUGUUGGGUAGGGUUGGUAAGGAGAGUGUUUUGAAGAUGAGGAAUGAGGUUGUGAAGAUGAUACCGAAGAUUAUAUAUGUUAAACCGGGUUUGGUUGGACCGGAAAAGAUUGAAGAUGCGUUUGAGAUUGCAGUGGGUAGGGUUCUUGAGAGGGUGACGAUGGUUAAGAGGAUGAUGGAAGAAGGGAAGGAUCUUCAGAGUGAGUAUUCACAGAUUAGGGAUUUGAAGAAACUUGAGUGA